AGAAAAUAUGUGUUUAUUUAAAGGGUAGUCAGAAGUCAUAGUAGAACUGGUUUUUGCCGAUGCUUGCUGAUAUUUACGAUACCAACAAGUAGUAUCUACGAUAACGAAACAUGAUGACGUGUGCUUUGCCGUAAGUGAAAGUAACUUAUUAGUGGUAGGAGUUAUAUACGAAGGCCUUCAAUAUCGGUUGUAUAUUGUGUAGCGCGCAGUCUCUCGGUAGUUGUGGUUUCGUGCACCCGAAUCUGCGUAAACGUUCUGCUCCGCUUACGAUGUGUGGAAUUUUCGCAUAUAUUAAUCAUCUUACGCCAAAGACCCGGCGAGAGAUAUUGGAAUUGCUGGUCAAUGGAUUAAAACGUUUGGAAUACCGUGGUUAUGAUUCAGCGGGUGUUGCUAUCGAUGCCGCUGAUCAAAAGGAUAUAGCCGUAGUGAAGAAAAGUGGAAAAGUAGCCGCCCUCGAAGAAUUGCUUCAAGAGCGUAGCCUUGAAUUAGCUGUUGAAGAAACCGUAGAAUCGCAUUGUGGUAUUGCUCACACUCGUUGGGCGACUCACGGUGAGCCAAGUGCCAUCAAUUCGCAUCCGCAACGAUCAGGCGAGGACAACUCGUUUGUUGUUAUUCACAAUGGCAUCAUUACUAACUAUAAAGAAGUCAAAACCUUUCUUGAAAAUAAAGGCUACAUAUUUGAAUCUCAGACCGAUACUGAGAUAAUAGCGAAGCUGAUACACCACAUAUAUCAUCAACACAAAGACUACAGCUUCCAGGAACUGGUUGAACAGGUAACUCAACAACUUGAAGGAGCUUUUGCUUUGUGUUUCAAGUCUCGUUUCUUCCCAAACGAGUGUGUGGCUACAAGACGUGGUAGCCCUUUGCUUGUAGGAAUUAAAACAAGGAGGCGCUUAUCAAGUGACCAUGUUCCGAUUAUGUAUACCAACAAUAAAGCAACUAGAGGUGUUGUACCCUCAGUACCCAGAGUUAACAGUCAUGCUCACUUUGAACCAGAGGAAGAAAGAGAUGUUGAAUAUUUCUUUGCAUCUGAUGCUUCAGCUGUCAUAGAACAUACAAAUAGAGUGCUCUAUUUUGAGGAUGAUGAUGUAGCACACAUUAGAGAUGGAGUUCUCAGCAUUCACCGUAUGUCUGGCAGCAGCGCAGACCCACAUCAGAGAGAAAUCCUAACUCUGAAACUUGAAAUACAGCAGAUUAUGAAAGGUAAUUAUGAUUAUUUCAUGCAGAAAGAAAUUUUUGAACAAUCUGAAUCUAUUAUAAACACAAUGAGAGGACGUCUAAACUUUGCUAAUGGUACCGUAACUCUUGGUGGCAUUAAGGAUUACAUUCCAGAAAUAAAGAGAUGCAGACGGUUAAUGUUGAUUGGAUGUGGUACAAGUUAUCAUAGUGCUGUUGCUACACGUCAGUUGUUAGAAGAGUUGACAGAACUCCCAGUAAUGGUUGAAUUGGCUUCUGACUUUUUAGAUAGAAACACACCUGUGUUCCGUGAUGAUGUUUGUUUCUUUAUUUCACAAUCAGGAGAAACUGCUGACACGCUUAUGGCUCUCCGUUAUUGCAAACGUCAUGGAGCCCUAAUUGUUGGUAUUACUAACACUGUUGGUAGUUCAAUCUGUCGUGAAUCGCACUGUGGAGUACAUAUUAAUGCAGGCCCGGAAAUCGGUGUUGCUUCAACAAAAGCAUAUACAUCACAGUUUGUAUCUCUAGUUAUGUUUGCUUUGGUCAUUAGUGAAGAUCGUAUUUCACUUCAGAAGCGAAGGGCCGAUAUUAUUGAGGGUUUGCAUGAAUUAGACUCUAAAAUUCGUCAGGUACUAGCACUAGAUGAGAAGGUAAAAGCUUUGGCUGAAGACCUCUACCGACAACGAUCACUACUUAUCAUGGGUCGUGGUUAUAAUUUUGCUACUUGUCUUGAAGGGGCCUUAAAAGUAAAGGAACUGACAUAUAUGCACAGUGAAGGCAUUAUGGCGGGAGAAUUGAAGCACGGUCCACUGGCUCUCAUUGAUGAUUCCAUGCCAGUUAUGAUGAUAGUAAUGCGUGACCCCGUUUACACGAAGUGCAUGAAUGCAUUGCAGCAGGUAACAGCUCGUCAAGGUCGGCCGAUCGUGGUUUGCGAGGAAGGAGAUACGGAAACUACUUCUCUGGCAUCUCGUGUACUUGAAGUUCCGAAAACCGUAGAUUGUUUACAAGGAGUUCUCACAGUCAUUCCUAUGCAAUUAUUAGCAUAUCAUAUAGCUGUUUUGCGAGGAUGCAAUGUAGAUUGUCCGAGAAAUCUCGCUAAAUCUGUAACCGUUGAAUAAUAUUUUAUUUCCUAUAUAAAUAUACGAUUCAACGAUCUCUAGCACAA